AUGUCUAGGUAUCGCAGUGACCCUCGCUACUCUGAGGGCAAUCUCCCGUAUCGUGACCCUGCUCCCCAGAGAUGGGAUGCCGAGCGGUUUGUGCGUGAACGAGAAGUGCGCGCUCCGGCUCCACCGGUCCUUGAUCAACGUCCUCCAUACGCCGACUACCCACCCCGCCGUGCUCCCGUCUACGAGGACCAGAGAUACUAUGAGGAAGACCGCUAUGGUCCUCGCGGUGCCAGCGAACGCAAGUACUUUGAGGAGACCGACUACUAUGAUCCACGAGCGCAACGAGGUCAGAUCGUGCCGUACGCUCCUGAACGACCAGCCAGACCUGAUCCAAUUCCACGACCGGGCAUCAUCCGCCGUCAGUCGAGCCUGGACACAUUCGACCGCAGGCCAGCCAGACGCUUGGACGACUACGACGAUGGCCAUCGACCGCAACGGGGGCUCCCCCCACGAGAACUGAUCCAAGUCCGGCCCCCUUCACCCAGACGGUAUCCUCAUUACGACGAAAAGUUCUACGAGGACAUCCGCGUGCAAGACCCUGACUACUACGGUGAUGAUGGCUUCAGGGAAUAUCGAGAGCGCGAAUGGGUCAAACGAAGAAGUAGAAACAGCAGCCCUUCUCCGGGGCCCCGUAUUUUGAGGGAAGAAGAAAUCAUUGAAGAACGCAAGGAGGAGAUAAUUGAGGAGAAGCCAUAUCCACGGCGAGGCAAGACACGUAUGCCAAAAAGACUCGUCCACACUAAAGUGUUGUUUGAUCUGGGCUAUCCAUACUAUGAAGAGGAUGACCGAACCAUCAUCAUUGAGAAGGCGUUAGGUCCCGACAAUAUCGAUGAGAUUUUCACGAAGAGCAAGGAAUAUCGUGAGAGAGAAGUAACAACGACUCGGCUCAUUGAAGCCCCGCCCAGUAUAGCCCCCAGUAUCCGCGCACCUAGCGUGCAUGGAGGCGAAGUGAUCAUUGAAAAGACUGAGAAAAGGGAGGAGAUCAAGACUGUGCCACUUGCAGACGCACCCCGCUCCGUGCGCGAUUGGGAUGGCCUUUCCGUCCGGUCUCCGUCCCCCACAAAGUCUCAUCGAUCACGGUCACGAAGACGGUCGCGCCGUGGAUCUUCGCCUGAAGUCUUCAAGGAGACGGUUGUGGAGAAGAAGGAAGUGAUCAAGGAAGUCUCUCCGGCACGAACACACCGAUCUCACACCACGCACCGCCGAGGUUCGUCUGUCAGCGAUGAGACGAUCAUCGAGCGAAGAAUCACUCGAGAAGAAGUCGAAGAUUCCAAUUCGGUUCAUGUCGGGCCGCUUGCACUGGUGGUCGAUCGUAAGCCACACCGCAGUGAGCGAGAUAUCAAGGAAGAAAUCCGCAGGCUGGAGGCUGAAAGGCGAGAGUUGAGGCGCGAGAGGCGGUACGAGCGCGAAAGUGGAGAAAUUAUCAAGAUCGAACGAGCCCGUGAAAGAUCUCCAUCGCCUCGAGGAGAGGUCAUCAUUGAAAGAAGGGGCGACGAGGUUCUCGAAGUCAAGAAGGAUCGGCGAGGUAGGAUGUCGUUGAUUGUCAAAUGA